UUUCCGCUGCGGCGUCGUACUACUCAAAUUGGUCGCAUACACCUACGCUAUUAUAGAAACGCAUGCGUCACUCCGCGACUGUCAGUGGUGACUGCGACGCAACACUUUUAUGGACAUGAUCUUCAUCCCCUUCAUCUUUCCGAUCGGCGGCUGUACGUCGGUACGUCGCUUGUGGCCCUACGCCGAGCGGACCCGGAUUACGCGAUAUGACGUCUACCACUUCCCGCAAAACGCGCUCCUGGUUGGUGAGCUUCCCGGUGACUUCCUACGUGUGGACACGACGCCCGCCACUGGCACGCAAAGCCAGAUCUCGGUCGAUGAGCAGACGGCCAUCGCGCUGCAGCAGCAGCUGUCGGGAGCAGCGUUCACCACUGCCCAGGCUGUCGGACGACUCAGCAUCUCUGUCAUACAGGCAAAGCUGGUGAAGAACUAUGGAGUCACACGGAUGGACCCUUACGUGCGGAUCCGCAUUGGCCACAAUGUGUACGAGACGCACACAGACUACAAUGGUGCCAAGAACCCUCACUGGAACAAGUUGUUUCACUGCUUCCUCUCACCGGGCGUUACGGCAUUCCUUGUAGAAAUUUACGAUGAGUGUGCGUUCACGGUGAACGAAAAGAUAGCUUGGGCACAUGUGGUCAUCCCCGAGGCAGUCUUCUCCGGCCAGACUGUCGACAUUUGGCACCCACUGUCAGGUCGCCAAGGUGAAUCCAAGGAAGGCAACAUUAACCUCGUCCUCUCCUAUCAGGCAAUUCCUCCAGGUUCCCUUGCCGCGCCGCCUGUGGUUCUGGUCAACACACCCUACAUGAUGCCGGGUGUGGUGCAGUACCCUGCCGCUGCUGGCUACGUGUAUCCUCCAUACACCGUCCCCGUCGCACGACCCGGUAUGGUGGCGGCUGGCCCCGGCUUCAAUCCGGCUCUGCAGCCAGCGGCUCAGCAGCAGCCGGCACCUGUCCCGAUCACCGAAGACGACGUGAAGCAGGUUCAAGAAAUGUUUCCAGAGAUGGAUGCCGAAGUGGUCAAGGGUGUUCUAGAGUCCCACCGAGGCAACAAGGACGCAGCCGUAAAUGCGCUGCUCGCCAUGAAUGAUGCCAAUGCUUAGACGCUGUCCUGUACAUAACAAACGAGUGGAGAGAAGAUUCGGCCUGCGAGGGAACCUUAACCUGAGGCAGGAAGCAGCCAAGUCUUAAAGGACCUUUCUCUUUCAGUUUCUUUUGUAAAAGGUUUUCGUGAAGAGCACUAUGAUAUGAGCGAGGCUGGUGGUGCGUUUUGUACCUGUGCCAUACGGGCGAGGUUACUGCCAUUGAAAGUCUAGGACAUUAAGUUUCAUAAUGCCUUUAUGUAUAAGGUUGCUGCUGCAUUCACGAUUUUAACGUCUAUAAGCGUCGGUAUAGCAAUGGCUGCAGUGAAUGCGGAGUGUUUUCUAAUUGUAAUACCAUGCCACUAAAACGUUCUAUAUUUAUGUAUAGGCACAUUUUAUGUAGAGUUGCUCGCAGAAGUCUGUGAGCAUGGAUAUGAAAAAUUGUGGAAUAUAAUGACAUAAAUAAACUUUUGGUCUUACAGUAAUGACAGUGUAACAGAUAUACGCUUACAAUUAGCAUUGGAUAUACAGUUGCCAAAUGAUAAUUGGGACUGGAAGGCAACUGCCACAAAAUGUGAAACAUUAUUUACACAUGGCCAAAGUAUAGGGUGUACCGUAUUCGUGGAUUGUCACUUUCUGGGAUAAUGUAAAUUUUGCGCAACUAGUACAUGGUGCAUUCGUGUCUACGGGUUAAGGCACCCUUGGCACAAUUCUAAGCAUGGAGCCUUAUCGUAUGGCAUUGCCGGGAAUGCUGUGGUCAGUUGACGCAUUCAUUGUGGGUCAUGCGAAAUAGUAGUGUGAAAAAAAAGUAUCUUUAAAAGUGAUUAUCCGGGAAUAUCACUUAUGUUUGUCAGCGCCUUGAUGCGUGCACAUGCGCCUAGUCACUGACAUAUGGCCUAAGCAGUCUUGGGCCACAAUUUCCUCGCGAUACAUUUUCUCAAGCUACUAUUUUCACGCUUUGUAACAAGUCGGAGCGAUGCCUUGCCCACUUUAUGUUGGAUCUGUUGGCCAUUAAUGGUGCAUUGAAUAAUAGUGGCACCUAGUUGAGGGGAAGGUACCUCUACAAAAUUGCUGCCUGUACGUCAACCAUUGCCACAUUGUUGCCAUGAGUAAAGCAGUCAAUACAUGAACCUUAUCUUUUUACCUGCUAACAUAAAUGUCUCUGCAGUUCUGGCAAUUGCUAAAACGUUUGCGUACUUCGCAACAGUCAUUGUAAAACACUUCCCUUGCUACCAUCAUUGGAUGCAGACAUUAGAACACAGUUUAUGACACUUGAAACAACUUUGAAGAAGUUCGUGUCACUGUGUGAAAAUGAACUAUUGCUAACCGCGCAAAAUGAAACUCUCAUGACAAAUUGCAGGAACACAUAGCAUUUUCAUGGCUUAGUUUAAUGACUUGGCUUGACCUGUUCUGAGCCUUGGCCACAAUUGUCAACUAUCUAGAUCAUUUCAAUAUUUUGGUUUUAAAGUGGUGCAGGCAACGUAUAACAUUAAAACAUUAAUAUGUGUGUUUGAAUUCAUAGCCAAAUUAACACAUGUUCGCAAAGCUGUAAUCCAAGUCAUUGCACAGCGCACAUUUUUUUUUUUUCUGAAAUUUUUGUCAUUCUUACGCAUUGUCUGUGGGGCCAGUGGUGUUGCCGCGGAGCUGUCCGGAUUAUCAGUUGGCGACUGUUACAAAGCUAUUUUUAUGCCAGAGGAACAUUGUUAUGAUGACGUUUUAUCAUAUCUGGAAAUCUGUUGGCAAUGUGUGUCAACAAUGGCUAGCUCGGGAGGGAUAAUGAGCAUUCAACAGAAAUUAGUUUUGAAAUGCUACGUGCGGCAAGUGGCAUUUGAUGCCAUUAAGCACGCUCUUGUGGCAAGCUUGCAGUGGAUCAGCCCGUGUGGCAGGCGUAUUAGCCAUGGGGGUUGUAUUCAAAGGCUGGUGCGACGUUUGUUGAGCAGUUGAGUCUGUGUAUAAGCUGUUUAAUCAGUGU